AUGGUCCCCUCUGUGACCUCCACCCUCACGCAAACCGGCCAGCGCCAUGAAAACGACCCCGCCUCCCUCGUAAUCGUGUGCGCCCCCUCGGCCCUGUCCAAAAUGAUGGGCUCUCUUCACCCCGCCGGCGCACUCUACGAGAAGCCCGUGAAUAUCCGCCGCGCCCGCGACGCCCAUGCCACGUUUGUCGCUAUGCUGCGUCGCAAAGGCGCCCUUGUACGCGACGUGCGUGAUAUACUCAUCGAGCGAAUCGACUGGUCCAUCGGUGACCGCAUCGCCCUGGAGAACCUUGCAUUUACGUGCCUGACUUACGCCUUUCAUUAUCCAGCCGCAGAGGAGAGCGACGUGGAAGGCAAGGCGAGCAUACGUAGCUCACCGACUAGUCUGCCCAAUAAGGCAGAGGAGUAUUACAUCAGUGACCAAUACAAGAGGAAAGUGAUCGAGGAGAUGGGUCAGCAGCAGCUCGUCGAUAUUAUUUUUACGAAUCCCACCGUCACUGUCUCGCCGUCCGCAAGGGAUACGGGGUUUACUGCGUCAUAUCACUUUGAUCCGUUGAGUAAUAUUAUGUUUGUGAGGGAUCAGCAGAUCACGACGCGAAAAGGGAUUGUGAUGGCUAGGCUCAGCUCGAAGCAGCGCCAAAAAGAAGUUGAUAUUAUGGAGUUUUGUUUCAAGAAGCUGGGGUUGAAUGUCAUUGGUCGUAUUCCGUGUCCGGGACGUAUGGAGGGCGGCGACUUCUUCCCUGCAGGGGAAAAGCUCUCUAUUAUCGGAACUGGACCAAGGUCUGAUCUAACUGCCGUCAAGUAUUUGCUCAAAGAAGACCUUCUAGGUACCGAGCGGGUGGCCAUUGUUAAGGAUCAGUUUGAGCGAAGGCAAGAGCGAAUGCAUUUAGAUACAGUUUUUAAUUUGCUUAGUAAUGAUUGCUGCGUCAUGUUAGAGGAAAUGAUAGGUGAAAAAAGUCCGACAAGAAGACUGGUUGACGAGUACGUCUAUGAGGGAUCUCGGCCUGCUGAUGGCGCCGAUCUUGGAUUGGAAGUCGGAAAAUAUGUCCUUGUGCGAAGGAAUGUUGAGUUCUCUCAGUAUAUGCAGGAUCGAGGCUACAAGAUCAUACCGAUAUCUGGAGAGGAACAGCUCAAGUACGGCUGCAACGUUCUCAACCUUGGCGAAGGAAGCAUUAUUUCAAUUGAGAAGAGCACGGCGCGUCGGAUUGCAUCGUCUCCGCAUUUUCAUGGCACGGUUGAGUUUUUGGACUUCAGCGCGGUCACUUCUAUGUACGGUGGAGUGCACUGUGCGAGCCAGGUCGUCUUGAGAGGCGCUCGCUCUCUUGACGUAUCAACAAAAACAAGGGAAGCGGCAGAGAUUUUGCCACUUCCAGCCACAACCUUCACGGAUGACGGGGUAAGUGGAAGCAGUUAG